AAGAAGAAAUUAAUUCUCUCCAACUCGUUCCUUCUUGUAGAAAAAAAAAAGGAAGAAAAACUAAAACAAACACUCUCUCUCUCUCUCUCUCUAUCUCUAUCUCUCUCUCUUCCGUUCACCACCGUGCACCACCAUGGUUCUGUCCAAGACCGCCUCGGAGAAUGAUGUCUCCAUCCACUCCACCUUUGCUUCUCGCUACGUCCGAGUUUCUCUUCCCCGGUUUAAGAUGCCAGAGAAUUCAAUACCAAAGGACGCAGCAUAUCAAAUAAUAAACGAUGAGUUAAUGUUGGAUGGAAACCCAAGGUUGAAUUUAGCUUCUUUUGUGACAACAUGGAUGGAACCAGAGUGUGAUAAGCUAAUCAUGGAUUCAAUUAACAAGAACUAUGUUGACAUGGAUGAAUAUCCUGUCACCACUGAGCUUCAGAAUCGAUGUGUAAACAUGAUAGCACAUUUAUUUAAUGCACCAUUGGGAGAGGGAGAGGCUGCUGUUGGAGUUGGAACUGUUGGAUCCUCAGAAGCAAUUAUGCUUGCUGGAUUAGCCUUUAAGAGAAAAUGGCAAAACAAGAUGAAAGCCCAAGGAAAGCCUUGUGACAAGCCCAAUAUUGUUACUGGGGCCAAUGUCCAGGUAUGCUGGGAGAAAUUUGCAAGGUACUUUGAGGUAGAACUAAAGGAAGUGAAGUUAGAGGAUGGUUACUACGUGAUGGACCCUGAGAAAGCUGUGGAAAUGGUGGAUGAGAACACUAUUUGUGUGGCUGCUAUUUUGGGUUCCACCCUUAAUGGAGAAUUUGAAGAUGUUAAACGUUUGAAUGAUCUUUUGGUGGAGAAGAACAAAGAAACUGGGUGGGAUACUCCAAUUCAUGUGGAUGCAGCAAGUGGUGGAUUCAUUGCCCCAUUUCUCUACCCAGAUCUUGAAUGGGAUUUCAGAUUACCAUUAGUGAAAAGUAUUAAUGUAAGUGGUCACAAAUAUGGUCUUGUUUAUGCUGGUAUUGGUUGGGUUAUUUGGAGGAACAAAGAAGAUUUGCCUGAAGAACUUAUUUUCCACAUCAAUUAUCUUGGUGCUGAUCAACCUACUUUCACACUUAACUUCUCUAAAGGUUCUAGCCAAGUAAUUGCACAAUAUUACCAACUUAUUCGCUUAGGCUAUGAGGGGUACAAGAAUGUUAUGGAGAAUUGUCAAGAAAAUGCAAGGAUACUAAGAGAAGGACUUGAAAAGACAGAAAGAUUCAACAUAGUCUCCAAAGAAAUCGGAGUCCCAUUAGUAGCAUUCUCUCUCAAAGACAACAGCAGACACAAUGAAUUCGAAAUUUCGGACCAUCUUAGGAGGUUUGGGUGGAUCGUGCCAGCUUACACGAUGCCACCUAAUGCUGAGCACGUGACCGUGCUCAGGGUUGUGAUCAGGGAAGAUUUUUCCUGCACAUUGGCCGAGAGGCUCGUGGUGGACAUUCAAAAAGUCCUCCACGAGCUCGACACCCUCCCUGCCAGAGUCUCGGCUAAGUUAGCGGCGGCCGAGGAGAGUGAAGAUGGAGUGCAUAAGAAAUCAGCAAUGGAAGUGCAAUUGGAGAUCACCAAUGUAUGGAAGAAGUUUGUCGCUGAAAAGAAGAAAACCAAAAAUGUAAUAUGUUAAAAAGGUUUAAGAAGAAGAACCAAAGGGGAAUUUGAUUUUUCAUUUGAGUUCUUGGGCUUUUGUUUUUGUUUUGUUUUUUUGAGUGUUUUAGUACUAAUGUAUUUUGAAGGUCCGAUAUAUGGAGUUUGGACCUCUUUUGAUGUUAUUUGUUUUCUCUUGGUGUUGUUUCGACACCUUUUGGAAGAAAAUUAAAGAUGAUUUUAGCUUAUUAAUUCUAA